AUGUGGAGAGUUCCGCAGCUCACCCUGUGUGGUCAGUCUGAAUUAGCAUGGUUUCUCAGCACCCAAAGGGCUAGAGAAGAGCAGCAGCACGAAUACUGCGGACCGCCGAUGGACAAGGACGCAGGCAGUGGCUGCUCCAAGAGCGAAGAGAAGCGGGAGAAGAUGAAACGGACCCUCUUAAAAGAUUGGAAGGCCCGUCUGAGCUACUUCUUACAAAAUUCCUCCACUCCCGGGAAGCCUAAACCAGGCAAGAAAAGCAAACAGCAAACUUUUAUUAAGCCAUCUCCUGAGGAAGCUCAGCUGUGGUCAGAAGCAUUUGAUGAGCUGCUAGCCAGUAAAUAUGGUCUUGCUGCAUUCAGGGCUUUUCUAAAAUCUGAAUUUUGUGAAGAAAAUAUUGAAUUCUGGCUGGCCUGUGAAGACUUCAAAAAAACAAAGUCACCCCAAAAGCUGUCCUCAAAAGCAAGGAAAAUAUAUACUGACUUCAUAGAAAAGGAAGCUCCAAAGGAGAUAAACAUAGACUUUCAAACCAAAACUCUAAUUGCCCAAAAUUUACAAGAUGCUGCAAGUGGUUGCUUUACAACUGCACAGAAAAGAGUUUACAGCUUGAUGGAAAACAACUCUUAUCCCCGUUUCUUGGAGUCCGAAUUCUACCAGGACUUGUGUAAAAAGCCACAGAUCCCCGCUGAACACCAUGCAACAUGAGAUGAAAAAGGACCCCAGAAAUGGACAUUUCGGUUUUUUUUUUUCCUAACAAGAAAGGCUGUGACAGGUCAAGAAAUCAAAAGACUGACCUUGAAUUCAGCCUGGGAGUUCAGGAAACAGCACUCUUUAACUAUUGAUUCAAAGUUGGUUAGUAACUCAGAAAGCCAGGAAGAGUCUAAGAAAAGCUUAUAUUGGGAUGUCUCCCAUCAGUGCAUAUAGGAAAGAGGAAAGGAAGGAGCCAUGGCCUGCGUGUGGUGUCUCGGACUCUGGAGAAGCCAGAAUGUGAGAGGAACCAUAGGACAUAAUGCUGUCAGUCCAGAAGCAUUUAAAUCAAUAGAUCUGGGAUGUGGCCUUAGGUAACUGGCUCUAUGUUUUUCCUUAAAUCCAUCCAUGUUACCACAUAGUGGUCUUAGUUUUAGGUUUUUAGUACUAUAUAAUGUUAACAUGUUUACUGUGUGAAAGGGUACUGAAGUUCUAAUGGCUACACAUCAUCAGUACUAUUGUCUAAUUGAACACUGAAAACUGUCUGUGUUUGAACCGUUAGGUGGUCUGUGAAAUAAAAUGAGUG